CAAGUAAUCUUCCCGUCCAUCACUCCAGGAGAGCGUGAGCUUUGUGCGAGAGUGCGAGCCGAGAACCUGAUCUAACUUCAAGAAGUUCAACAGCAGCUCCCGGCUUCUGCCUGUGGGCUCUUUUUAUUUAUUUAUUUAUUUUCUUUUUCUUUUUUUUUUUUUUUUUUUUACCCUUCCCCUUUUCCCUUCCCAGAAGCUGCGCAGGGAAAAGCGGCUCUCAGAGCUCUCAGCUCUCGCUCUCUCUCUCGAAACCGCCCGGAUCCCGAGAACCGGGCUCCUUAUUCCAUCUCCCCCUGGGAAAAACAUGAGUUCCAGGCUGCUGCCAGAGAUGCUUUUCUGUAAAAAGAUCUUCGCUGCAGCCUUGUGCGUCUCGGUUCUGCUGCCGGAGCCGGGCUCUGCCAGGACCCUCUGGAAACGAGCUCUGCUGAAAAUGACGGAGAAAUACGAUGAUUAUGAGUACCCUCUUCAUUCUCACAGUUCCCACCAGCAGAGGAACGACCGGUGCCCGCCGCCGCCGCAGAGCCUGCCGGAGCGCGCCUGCGAGGUGCCCAGCUGCCGCUCCGACUCCGAGUGCCAGCGCCACAAGCGCUGCUGCUACAACGGCUGCAUCUACGCCUGCCUCGAGUCCGUGCAGCCCCCGCCAGUGUUGGACUGGCUGGUUCAGCCCAAACCCCGCUGGCUGGGAGGCAACGGGUGGCUUUUGGAUGGCCCAGAGGAAGUCUUACAAGCCGAGGCCUGCAGCACCACGGAGGAUGGGGACGAGCCCCUGCACUGCCCCACGGGCUACGAGUGCCACAUCAUCAACCCGGGCAACACGGCCGAGGGCAUCCCCAACAGGGGCCAGUGCAUCAAGCUCCGGGGAAACCCAGAUGGACACAGCCUGAGGCAUAAGUAUUACAAGGAAUACUUGGGCAGCAAUUCCAACAAUUUGGUCGGCUACGUGAAAAACCAGCAGAAGCAUUUAGGCUAAUUGAAGGUGUGGCUGGCUGGACCACUCAGUCAAGGAACGCUUUGCCCAGCAGCUUUCUGGUCCCAGAUCUCCAGCAUCCCCCCGAUCCCUGCCCAUCACUGACAAAAAAAAGAAAUCCAUUAUCCAAGGAACAGGAUGAGUCCAGAUUUUAACCCCACCAGGAAGAGGAGAAAUGUGAUGCCCUGAAGGAAACCACACUGCUUAUCACCUGCCUUUCUGCAAAUGAAAUGCAAACAUCUCCAAGGGAUCCCUGUAAGCCACAGUGCCAUGAUCAGGCUGCUGACACGGAGCCUGCCCUUAUUGUGCUUGCUGUGUGUCCAAUUCAGAUUUCAGGCCUGUGAACACAACCCAGUGACGUCAGAAUUCUACCUAAAUGUCAUAUCUAAGUUGCUUUAAAAUAGGGGAGACUGAAGAUCAAAUCCAGUGCCUCCCUGUCUUGAACAGCUCCUUUAAAGAAGCCUUUUCGUCAGUUUAAAAUUCAAAGAAACACGCAAGUUUCUUCUUUUCCUAUUUAUAUCCAAAUUAAAAAAAAAAAAAAAACAAAAACAAAACAGGCUUGACACCCACUCUAAAUGGUUAAAUCUGAAGUCAUAAGAAUUUGAGGAAGUUUAAGCUAGGAGAAAAAGCAGCUUUAUAAAUGUUUUUAGGUUACUUUGCUCUCCUCAGUCUGUGAGCCGCAGAUUGAGAGUUAAUAACGGAACAGAUUCCUUCCUACAAUAUCCAGGCAGACACACAAAAGCGUGCCAAGCUUUGUAAUGUGCUGGUUUUAGCCAGCACUGUUAAUACUCACAAAAUCUGUGGCUUUGUACCUGCAAAACCUCAGCAAGAGGCCUGAAGUCUGGAUAAUUUGUUAAAUGUGUUAGAGAAGCAAACCCAGGAUAAAUGUGUGUGAUGAAAAGGAUUGUCUGGCAGAUGGGCCACUGCUCCUUAGGAGUCCUGUGCCUUUGUGUUGGCUUCCAUAAAUCCUUAAAAUCUGGAUAUUUGUAUUUGGGCCUCACAGCUUCUCUUAGCUGUUUAGCGUUAUAUGAUGGAAAACACAUUUUCUAUGAAGGUUUUCCUUUCCUGUGGCAGUCCUGAAGGGACAGAUGCAUUUAUUAUGACAAACCAGCCAGAAUUGUUUGGCAGAAAAGCCACGUUUGCUCCGUGGUUUAGUCCACGUCUCCAUCUGCAUGCAUGAAAUUAGCAUUUUAAUUUGCACAGUAGUAGCACUGCAUAUAAACACCCAAUUCACAAAUGCAAGUGCCUGCUUCCACUCACAAAAUACAGGGUUGUUUUGGGGUUUUUUUUUCUCCACUCACUCAAUGGUUCAAGCCAAAUCCAAGACAUUUAUAAAACUCUUGAUACUUUGCACAUGACAUUUGCAGCUGGAGAGAUGGGAGGUGCCAAACUGCUCUUCUGUUUCCUAUUCUAAACACAGUCCUGGGCGCUCCACAGAGCAAAGGAACGGCUGAAGGGCUCCACAAUUUCAUAAAUAUCUUCAUUUGUUGAACUCACUUUUUUUCAGACUGCAAGCUAUUAAAUGCAGCACCAUGUUUGGACAGAGCUAUUUCUACAGCUUUAUCUUUUACAGCUUCCUGCAAGGAGAUCUUAAUUCCUGCUCGGACACAGGAGGCACAGAAUUUUAGAAUGGUUUGGGUGGGAAGGGAGCCUAAAGCUCAUCACCUUCCACUAGACCAGGUUAUCCAGGCUCCAAUCCAUAUUUUAUAGUUCCAAUCUGUGUUUAGACCGGAAACUCUCCACUUAUCCUACUGUAGCCUCGCUCCUCGGUGCUGCUCAGUGAAAUGGAUUGAUUUUGUUCAGCACUAAUUUCUGCAGAAAAAAAAUCAAAUUCCAAUUAAAGGAGCAAAGCCUUCCAGCAAUCACUGCUAAGCCCCGAAGAGUAAAUCCCAAAAUGUUCUAUUUUAAACUAAAAAAUUCCUAAAACCUUAUGAGGGGCUAGAUGAAAAACUGGUGUGGAACAUUCACAAAUUUCAAAGAGUAGAACUUCAAAUCUCUACCUAAUCUCUCAAAGCAGCCCAAAAUAUGCUUAAUUUGAGUGGACACAUUCUCUUCAGUGUCUGUUUUCUUUGUAGCUGCAGAAGCACGUACCUGAACCACCUGGCUGCGACAGUACAGGUAUUUUCUGCUAGCAAAAGUAAUUUUUUAAAAAGGAAAAUUGAUAAAUUAAUAAUUUGAUGGUGAGUUUCUGUUUACUGGGUGUUAUCAAAGCCAUCACCCUUCUUCGUGGUGCUAUAAUGCUCAGGGUUUGGGUUUUUUUUCCAAGUUAAUCCAAGUUACUAAUUAUCAAACUCAGAAACAAAAGCCGCAGAAGGGACUUGUCCGAGUGCUGUGCUGCCAACAGCGAAACGCUGAAAUGUGAAACUCAGACACUGAGAUGAAAACACAGAGCAGGUGAGUUGUCCUCAGCCGCCCUUCUCUCCAAAGACAGAUGCUCUAUCAGCGGCACGGCAGGAAAUGCCUGGUGUGGGUUAUUUUUCACGUUUCCAUGAACACUUUGCAGCGUGUUUGGUGCUAUGAAAUCCUUCCUGUGUGUCACUGAGUGCUGGCAGUGCCCACGGCCUCCCACUGCCCCGAGGAUCUGUGCAGCCCCUCCCUGGUUUGUGCCCCUGGCGCUCAGACGUGUUCAGGUUCUGCUUUGGUGCUCAA